UCCCGGACCCCUCCUCGCUCCUCAGUCCUCGCCCCGCGCGCGCGCUGGCUCCUCAUUCCCCCGCGAAAACCCCACCUUUUCCCGCCGCGCGAGCAGAUAGUCCGCCCUCCGCGCCGCCGCCGCCGUCCACUGCGCGCCGGCGCGGGGCAGCUUGGCGAUGGAGGGCGACGACUUCACCCCGGAGGGCGGCAAGCUCCCCGAGCUCAAGCUAGAUGCGAGGCAGGCGCAGGGCUUCAUCUCCUUCUUCAAGAAGCUGCCGCAGGAUCCCCGGGCCGUUCGUCUCUUCGAUCGCAGGGAUUAUUACACUGCUCAUGGUGAGAAUGCAACAUUUAUUGCAAGGACCUACUACCACACAAUGUCAGCCUUGCGUCAACUAGGUAGCAGCUCUGAUGGAAUCUCAAGUGCCAGUGUUAGCAAGGCUAUGUUUGAGACCAUUGCACGCAACAUUUUGUUGGAGCGGACUGACCGUACAUUGGAGCUCUAUGAGGGAAGUGGGUCGAGUUGGAGGUUAACAAAGUCUGGAACUCCUGGAAAUAUUGGUAGUUUUGAAGACAUUCUGUUUGCAAAUAAUGACAUGCAAGAUUCACCAGUCAUUGUUGCUCUUUUUCCAGUAUUCCGGGAAAGUCAGCUGUAUGUAGGGCUUAGUUUUUUGGAUAUGACCAACAGGAAGCUUGGGUUAGCCGAGUUCCCUGAAGAUAGCCGAUUCACAAAUGUUGAAUCAGCACUUGUUGCAUUAGGUUGCAAGGAGUGUCUUAUCCCAGCAGAUUGUGAGAAAUCCAUUGAUUUGGAUCCCCUUCAAAAUGCCAUUAGGAAUUGUAAUGUUCUAUUGACUGAAAGAAAGAAGGCUGACUUCAAAUCCAGAGAUCUUGCACAAGAUCUUGGUAGAAUAAUCAGGGGUUCUGUUGAGCCAGUUUCUGACCUGCUAUCUCAGUUUGACUAUGCUGUUGUUGCCCUUGGAGCUCUGUUAUCUUAUGCUGAGUUGCUAGCAGAUGAUACUAACUAUGGAAAUUACACAAUUGAGAAAUACAAUUUGAACUGCUACAUGAGACUUGAUUCUGCUGCGGUGCGAGCACUAAACAUUGCAGAAGGGAAAACUGAUAUGAACAAGAACUUCAGUUUGUUUGGUUUGAUGAACAGAACCUGUACUGUUGGGAUGGGAAAGAGAUUGCUGAACAGAUGGCUGAAACAACCUCUGUUAGAUGUAAAUGAAAUCAAUAACAGAUUAGAUAUGGUUCAGGCUAUCGUAGAAAACCCAGAGCUUCGUCAGGGACUCAGGCAGCAACUUAAAAGGAUAUCAGAUAUUGAUCGUCUUACACAUUCACUCCGAAAGAAAUCAGCCAAUCUGCAGCCUGUUGUUAAGCUUUACCAGUCUUGUUCCAGAGUCUCGUACAUCAAGGGUAUUCUUCAGCAAUACAAUGGCCAAUUUUCCACAUUGAUAAGGACAAAGUUUCUUGACCCAUUGGAAGCAUGGAUGACAGAGAAUCGAUUUGGUAGGUUUGCUUCUCUUGUUGAGACAGCUAUUGACCUUGAUCAGCUGGACAAUGGAGAGUACAGAAUAUCUCCCCUAUAUUCUUCUGACUUAGCUGUGCUGAAGGAUGAGCUUUCUGUUGUUGAAGAUCACAUAAAUAAUUUGCACAUGCAUACAGCUAGUGAUCUGGAUCUUUCUGUUGAUAAGCACCUGAAGCUAGAAAAAGGACCAUUUGGACAUGUGUUCAGAAUCUCAAAGAAAGAGGAGCAGAAAGUCAGGAAGAAACUCACUAGCAACUACAUAAUUAUAGAAACUCGUAAAGAUGGCGUGAAGUUCACUAGUCCGAAGCUGAAAAAGCUUGGUGAUCAAUACCAGGCACUGUUCAGUGAGUACACAAGUUGUCAGAAAAAGGUUGUUGAUGAUGUAGUGAACGUUUCAGGCACCUUCUCAGAGGUAUUUGAAAAUUUUGCUGUGGUUCUGUCAGAGUUGGAUGUUUUACAAAGUUUUGCUGAUUUGGCAACUAGUUGCCCAGUUCCUUAUGUAAGGCCAGACAUUACAGCAUCGGAUGAAGGAGAUAUUAUUCUACAAAGUAGCAGACAUCCUUGUCUGGAAGCACAAGAUAGUGUUAACUUUAUACCCAAUGAUUGCACUCUGGUAAGAGGGAAGAGUUGGUUUCAGAUCAUCACUGGGCCAAACAUGGGAGGAAAAUCCACGUUUAUAAGACAGGUUGGUGUAAACGUUUUGAUGGCACAAGUUGGUUCCUUUGUUCCUUGUGAUCAAGCAAGUAUUAGUGUGAGAGAUUGUAUUUUUGCUCGUGUUGGUGCUGGUGAUUGCCAACUUCGUGGUGUAUCAACCUUUAUGCAAGAAAUGCUUGAAACAGCAUCCAUCCUGAAAGGUGCCACUGAUAAGUCUCUUAUAAUUAUUGACGAGCUGGGACGUGGAACUUCCACAUAUGAUGGUUUUGGUCUCGCAUGGGCUAUCUGUGAGCAUCUAGUGGAAGUGACUCGAGCACCUACCCUUUUUGCAACCCAUUUCCAUGAAUUAACUGCAUUAGCACAUAGAAAUGAUGAUGAGCACCUGCAUGUUUCUGAUGUUGGAAUUUCAAAUUAUCAUGUGGGUGCUCACAUAGACCCAUCAAGUCGGAAGUUAACUAUGCUUUACAAGGUUGAACCUGGGGCAUGCGACCAAAGUUUUGGUAUUCACGUUGCAGAAUUUGCUAAUUUUCCAGAAGCUGUUGUUGCUCUUGCAAAAAGCAAAGCAGCAGAGUUAGAAGACUUUUCUACUACACCCACCUUUUCUGAAGAUUCAAAAGACGAGGUUGGAUCAAAGCGAAAGAGGGUAUUUAGCCCAGAUGAUGUGACAAGAGGGGCUGCUCGGGCUCGGCUUUUCCUGGACGAAAUGGCAGCAUUGCCUAUACACGAGAUGGAUGGGAGCAAGACCAUGGAGAUAGCCUCCAAACUGAAAGCCGACUUGCUGAAAGAUGCAGCUGACAAUCCUUGGCUUCAACAGUUCCUCUGAAGCGAAUUAGUCUGAAUUUUGUUAAGGUGAAACUGUUAGAGAACUACGCCGGUGCUAGGACUUCCUGGUCCAUUUUUGUUAAUAUGCAUUGGCGUAGAUUGUUCUCUAGGCUUAACGCAAAACGACCUGCAAAAAACCAUGCGUACAUAUGGCGGUAGCACAACUGCUGAAUGCUUAAUCGGCUGCAGUUACUCGGUGUUUGUCUCUGUGCAAUGUUAAGGAAGGCGCUAGGCGCUCUCUAGGCGGUGACCCACCGGCUAGAGCCUAGGCGUGUGCCUAGACGUUUCAAGUUGUUGUUCUAGCCGUUAUUGCAUACACAUAUAUGUAUAUGUAUCUUGCUAUACAUAUACAUUUAUCUAUAAAUAUUUCUAAAACGA